AUGGCUACCCCUAGUGUCCUCGCUUUUGACGCUGAGGGUCGCGCCAUUGAUUUUGAGGUCUGGCUAGACGACCUGCAGCUGUUCUUACAGUGCGACAGAGCUGACGACCUUUCUCUCUUUGACCUCACCUCUGGCGCCUUUCCUGCUCCUGCUACUGAUGCUGAUCCCGCUGUCCGCUCUAAGUGGGCCACCCGCGAUGCUGCUGCACGUCUUGCUGUGCGUCGCCACCUUCCUACCUCUGAGCGUGCGCACUUCAGUCAGUACAAGAGUGCUCACACCUUGUACGACGCUGUAGUUGCGCGCUACUCCUCCCCUGCCACUGCUGCACUGAGCCGUCUCAUGCUUCCCUACCUCUUUCCUGACCUCUCUGCCUUUCCCACUGUCGCUGACCUCAUUACGCAUCUCCGCACUAGUGACACUCGCUACCGCGCCGCCCUUCCUGCUGAGGGUGCUCUCCUUCCCCCUUGCUGCCCUCUGUUGCCUCUGCUGCUGCUGCCGACCUGCUUGGUCUUGAGUCGGUCGGCGCGGCGUCUGCCCCUAGUGGGAGACGUCGCUCCAGCAAGGGCAAGGGGGGCAAGGGCGCGGGUGGAGCUGGAGGGGGCGGUGGCGGUGGCGGCGGUGGCGGCGGGAGGAGUGGGGGUGGCGGCGGGACUAGUGGCGGGGGUGGUGGUGGUGGUGGCAGCAGCGGCGGGGACAGUAGUGGUGGUGCCAGCGGUGGUGGUGGAGGCAGCGGCGGGGGUGGAGGCGGCGGAGGUGGAGGCGGUGGAGGCGGCGGCGGAGGAGGCAGUGGUGGUGGAGGGGGGUGGAGCUGGUCGGGGUGGUACCCAGCAGCGUAGCGGCGGUGGUGGUGGCCAGCGCUCGCAGCGGCAGCAGCAGCAGCGCUCUCGGGACAUCCCUUCGCCUCAGCAGCUUCGUGAGUGGUACGCUGGGCGUCAGAGGGGUGGGGGUACUGGUCCCUGCACCUACGUUCUUUGUUCCGGCGACCGCGCGGGUGAGCAGUGUGGGGGUGCCCACGCCACCCAGCGCUGCUUUGGCCGCCUGACGGACGCCUGGCGUCAGCAGUUCCCUGGGGCUAGUGAGAUCCCUCGCUGGGAUGAGCUUCUCAGGGCUGAUGUAGCGAUCUUUGAUCUUGAUUUUGAUGCUAUCCUUACUGCUAUCUAUGUUGUGGAUUAUAGUGAGGAGAAUGAGGGUUACCGUUGUUUCCAGCCCGACCCGGGCAUUGGUACUGCUGCGCUAGGUGCUUGUGAGGCUGCUGCUCUAGGUGCCAGUGCGUCUGCGCUCUCAGGUACUGGUGAGACUGCGCUCUCAGCGGACCUGCAGGAUGGGGGUGUUCACCAGUUCACUCCUGCGAGUCAGCGGGUGACCCACUGCACGGAGGCACGCACAGGCCGACACCUGGCCACGUUCUCGCGUCGGCCGGGGUCGAGUCUCUACACCCUGACCGUUGAGUCUCCUCCUGUCCCUGCGUCUGGUCAGGUGGCUGCGUCGGGUCAGGUACUUGCUGCUGCGUCCCGGUCAGGACCUUCCUGUGUCCCCUGUGUCGAGGGUCGCCUCCGGGCUACUCCUCACUCCUCCCACUUCCCCCCGACAGAGGCUCCCCUGCAGACGCUUCACAUGGAUGUGUGGGGCCCAGCCCCCGUCCGUGGGCAGGGUUACGAGCGCUACUUCCUGUUGGUGGUUGACGACUACUCGCGUUACACCACAGUCCUCCCCUUGCGCAGCAAGGGUGCGGUCACUGAGGUGCUGAUUGACUGGAUCCGCGAGGCUCGUUCUCCAGCUCAGGAAGAGCUUCGGCCUCGGACUUUCCUGUUCUGCGUCUGCACUCGGACAGAGGCGGAGAGUUCUCUUCUCGCCUUCUGCGGGACUACUGUCGUGCACGGGGGAUCCGCCAGACCUUCACGCUUCCGGACUCACCACAGCAAAAUGGGAUUGCUGAGCGCCGCAUUGGCAUGGUCAUGGAUUGUCGCUCGUACGUCCAUGAUGCAUGCGGCUGCCCCCCAUUUUCUGUGGCCGUUUGCAGUGAGGUACGCGGCGCAUCAGCUCAACCUUCACCCCCGGGUCUCUCGGCCUGCGAUGUCCCCAGCCUUGCUGUGGACGGGGAAGGUUGGCGAUGCGUCUGUGUUCCGUGUCUGGGGAUCUCGGGCGUUUGUCCGCGACUUGUCUGCGGACAAGCUGUCCCUCGUGCUGCUCCCCUGUGUCUUCCUUGGCUUCCCCACUGACGCCCCAGGGUGGCAGUUUUACCACCCCCUCCUCUCGUCGUGUUCUGUCCUCCCAGGACGUCACGUUUCGACGAGUCAGUCCCCUUCUACCGUCUUCUUCCCCUACCGCACUCCUUCCCUCCCCCCUCCCCCGGACUUCCUUGUGCCGGUAGACGCCGUUGACCCGGUCGAGGUUACUGUGACUCUGGUGGCUGCUGCGGGUGCUGAGCCUGGGGGUGCUGACUCUGGGGGUGCUGGUCGCGGGGUGCUGAGCCUGGGGGUGCUUGCUACUGCUGGGGGUGCUGGGCCUGAGGGUUCUACUGCAGAGGGUGCGGAGCCUGGGGGUGCUGAGCCGGGGGGUGCUGUGCCUGGGGGUGCGGGGUCUGGGGGUGCUGGGUCGGGAGCUACUGAGCCUGGGUGUGCUGAGCUGGGAGCUGCUGAGCCUGGGGGUGCUGCGUCUGGAGCUGCUGAGCCUGGGGUUUCUCCUGCUGCUGCAUCUCGCCGGGAGCCCCUCUCCUCCACAGGAGCUGCGCGAGUGGUUCGCUCCGCCGCUGGAGGCGUGCUGCUGAGUCUGGAGGUGCUGCUGGAGCUGGAGCUGGAGCUUCUUCGACCGUCGUGGGUGCGGUGCUGCCGGUCCCAGGAGCUGCUGGACCUGCGGGUCCUCCUGGAGCUGGAGCUGCUGAGGGAGCUGGUGCUGAGCCUACUGCUGUUGGUCCUGCCACUGGAGGUGUGGGUGGCGCUGGUGCUGUCGCUGAGGGUGCUGGUGCAGACCCUGCUGCGUCUGGAGCUGCCAGCGCGGCCUCGGCCGUACUUCGUUCCGCUCCUGCAGCAGGUUCUUGGUCUUUCUCCUCCGGUAGAGGGUCCACCGCCUGUCCAGUCGCAGUCCCUGCUGGAGCCUUCCUCUCCAGUGCCUGCUCCCUCUCCUUACACUGGUCCUACUGGAGGUCUUGCUGAGCGUCGUGAGCCUGCGUCUCGUCCCGCGUCGCCUUCGGACUCUCUUCGUGCUGCCAGUCCUACUGUCACGCGUCUGCUUGCUACUGUCGUCACUGACCCCUCUUUUGAGUCCACUGCUGCGUCUGCUCUAGUCGCUGAGCUCGUCGACUUUGCUGCUCGCUGUCGUCUCGACUACGCUGCUAGUCUUGUUGCUGAGUCUGCGUCUGUCUGUCCUCCGUCCGUCGGGGGUGAGUGUGCUCUUGGCACGGACGUCCUAGAGGACAGGCAGGAGGAGUUACAGUGUCUAGCGGCUGCUUCACCUCAUCUCGCGUCUGUACUGCUUGCCCCUGAGGGAGACCCGGAUGCACUAGACAUCCCGACUCCGCGUUCUUACGCGGAGGCCGUAGAGGGUCCCUACUCCUCUCAGUGGCAGGCAGCUAUGGAUGCAGAGAUGGCUUCCUGGAAGUCCACAGGCACCUACGUUGACGCGGUUCCCCCUCCUGGGGCGAACAUCGUCAGUGGCAUGUGGAUCUUCAGGGUGAAGCGGCCGCCGGGCUCUCCACCUGUCUUCAAGGCACGGUACGUUGCUCGUGGCUUCAGUCAGCGGCAGGGAGUUGACUACUUUCAGACCUUCUCUCCCACCCCGAAGAUGACUACUCUUCGGGUGCUGCUGCACAUAGCCGCUCAGCGCGACUACGAGCUUCACUCUCUCGACUUCAGCACUGCGUUCUUGCAGGGUAGCCUGCACGAGGAGAUCUGGCUUCGCCGUCCACCUGGCUUCACUGGGACUUUCCCUCCUGGCACCCAGUGGAGCCUCCGACGGCCAGUCUACGGUCUCCGCCAGGCACCGCGUGAGUGGCACGACACACUGAGGACUACGCUUGCGGCUCUUGGGUUUGCUCCUUCUACUGCUGACCCGUCGCUGUUUCUUCGCACCGACACUUCCCUGCCGCCGUUCUACAUCCUCGUGUACGUCGACGACUUGGUCUUUGCCACAGCGGACACUGCUGGACUCGCCUACGUGAAGUCCGAGCUGCUGAAGAGACACACGUGCACAGACCUGGGUGAACUGCGCAGCUACCUUGGCUUGCAGAUCACUCGGGACAGAGCACGCCGCACCAUUACCUUGACUCAGUCACACAUGGUGCAGCAGGUCCUUCAGCGCUUCGGCUUCACGUACUCCUCGCCUCAGGCCACUCCUCUGCCUACUCGCCACUCACUCUCAGCUCUGCCUUCGGAUGAGUCCGUAGAGUCGAGUGGUCCGUAUGCAGAGCUUACCGAGCACAUGGCUGCAGCGAAGAGGGUAUUGCGCUACCUGUGCAGUACGUCGGGCAUGGGGCUAGUGCUUGGAGGGCGGAGUCCAGUGGUCCUUACCGGCCACGCGGACGCUUCUUGGGCUGACGACCAGGCUACGCAGCGGUCGUCACAGGGUUACACCUUCAGCCUUGGUUCCGGCUCUGUCUCGUGGCGGUCUACUCGCUCGUCUUCGGUUCUCGGCUCCAGUUGUGAGGCUGAGAUCUACGCCGGGGCCAUGGCUGCACAGGAGCUUCGCUGGCUCACCUACCUGCUGACUGACCUUGGAGAGCCGCCUCGUUCUCCUCCAGUGCUGUACGUAGACAACAAGGCUAUGCUGGCCUUGUGUCGAGAGCAGCGCUUGGAGCACAGAACGAAGCACAUUGCUCUCCGCUACUUCCUUGCUCGUGAGCUGCAGCAGCGUGGUCAGUUGCGACUUGCGUACGUGGCCUCUGAGGCCAACACUGCUGAUGUGUUCACCAAGGCACUCGCGCCUUGUGACCAUCAGCGCUUUUGCACCCAGCUGGGUCUUGUGCCUGUCUUGCCUCACUUGCUCUCCUCUUGA